AUGCCUGUUUACUACGUUAGCCGAUUCCUCCGAGGUCCAGAGACGAGGUACACACAAGCGGAGAAACUUGUGCUGGCCCUGAUCCACGCAGCCCGCAGACUCAAACCCUACUUUUUAGCUCACCACAUCUGUUUGAGAACUGAUCAACCACUCCGGCAGAUCCUGAUACGACCUGAGGCUUCGGGACGUCUCACCAAAUGGGCCAUUGAACUGGGGGAGUAUGACCUCUCUUAUGAACCUCGCACAGCAAUUAAGGCCCAAGCUCUUGCGGACUUUUUAGCCGAGCUCACCUUUGACGAGGUGAAAGAGCCCAUCCCAUCUACCACCCCGGUGACAGCUGAAGUGGCCAUCGCUGAGCUCCAGCGAUGGAUUCUACACGUAGAUGGGUCGUCCAACAGUGAGAGUAGUGGAGCAGGCCUGCUCCUCGAAGACCCUCAAGGAGAUGUGUGCUCGUACGCCAUGAUGUUUGACUUCGCUGCCUCCAACAAUGAAAUCGAAUACGAGGCUGCUAUAGCUGGCCUGCAAUUAGCUCGCAAGUUCGGGGCUUCACACAUUUUGGUGUAUAGCGACUCCCAACUCAUCGUGUGCCAAAUAUUAGGCGAAUACGAGGUCAGAAACGAAGUGAUGCAUCGCUAUCUCUCUAAGGUCCUCCAGCUAGUGGCACACUUCGAGUCCUUCGAAAUUCAAAGGAUACCACGGUCACAGAAUCGGAGGGCCGACGCACUCUCCCGGCUCGCAUCCACUUCUUUUGCCGACCUAAAUAAGACGGUUCUCGUAGAAGUGUUAGCCGAGCCGGGGUAUGAAGGAGAGGUCGUGUACCCCAUCUAUUCCGAGAACACCUGGAUGGGGCCCUUAACUCGAUUUCUCAGCCAUGGAGAGCUCCCUGAGGACCGAGCUGAAGCACAGAAGCUUCAAUCAAAAGUAGUUCGGUACACCCUCCGACAAGGCCUUCUCUACAAGAGGAUGCUUGUGAAGAAAGCUUUGCUGCUCGGGUACUUCUGGCCCACCAUGAGGGUAGAUGCCCAGGUCAUGGUACUUUGUUACCCUUCCUGCCAACACCACGCUCCUGAGCACCACCAGCCGACCAACCUCAUGAUACCCAUCACCUCGCCGUGGCCAUUCGAGCAAUGGGGAACUGAUAUAAUCGGUCCAUUCCCCAGGGCUCUAGGCAACCAUGUUUACGUGGUGGUAGCAGUAGACUACUUCACCAAAUGGGUUGAGGCUGAGCCCCUGAGAAGCAUCACUGGAGCUGCGGUUCAAAAAUUCUUUUGGAAAUAA